GUUCUGAUUGAUCAAAGCAACGGUUGGAGUCCCAAUUUGUGCUUUUGUCGUCUGUUCACGAAACGCAACAGCGAAUGAUUAAUGGAUGUCCAUGAUCUUGGUCAACAAUGCCUCCUGUUUAUUUACAUACAUUGCUGUUUUUAUCACUCUGCCUUGCACACUGGCUAGUGUGGAAAUCAUUUACCGGCAACACCACGUCUUUCCAAAUUCCAAUUACAGAAAUUUGUCGCUUCAUUCAGUGUAGGAAUCACAAUGGCUACUUGGUCGAGUUCUCGCAAUCUACUAACAUGCUUUUCCAUUUUACAGGUUACAACUGCCCUGAGGGAAGCUGGCCUGGAAUCAUCAAAUCUCAUUGUUGGAAUUGAUUUCACUAAAAGCAAUGAAUGGACAGGCGAGGUCUCGUUCAAUAAUCGUUGUCUUCAUGUCAUUGGAGACACACCUAAUCCAUAUGAGAAAGCCAUCUCUAUUAUUGGAAACACUAUGGCUCCCUUUGAUGAAGACAACUUGGUUCCCUGUUUUGGCUUUGGUGAUGCCACCACUCAUGAUCAAGAGGUGUUUAGCUUUCACGGUGACCAUUCACCUUGCCAUGGUUUUGAGGAAGUAUUGGCAUGCUACAAAGAGAUUGUUCCAAACUUGCGACUUUCAGGGCCAACUUCGUACGGACCAGUGAUUGAGGCUGCCAUAGACAUUGUUCAAAAAAGUAAAGGCCAAUAUCAUGUAUUGAUCAUCAUUGCAGAUGGUCAGGUCACAAGAAAUGACAAUUCAAGUGAUGGAGAACUGAGUCCACAAGAAGAGCAAACAAUCAAGGCAAUUGUUGACGCAAGUUCAUAUCCACUGUCAAUAAUUCUUGUUGGAGUUGGUGAUGGACCUUGGGAAGACAUGAAGAGAUUUGAUGAUAAAAUCCCACAUCGUAAAUUUGACAAUUUUCAGUUCGUUAAUUUCACUGAAAUUAUGGCAAAAAAGGCAACGCUCUCAGAGAAAGAAGCGGCUUUUGCUUUAACUGCCCUGAUGGAGAUUCCUUUCCAGUAUAAAGCAGCCGUUGAGUUUGGUGUCAUUGGACGUUCCAUGGGAAGAGCAAAGAAAAUAGUACCACGCCCUCCUCCAGGGCUGUAUUCAAGUCGUUCAGUACCAUAUCGUGAACCAACCAAUGUUUCUUCUCCAGUCUUGGAUGAAAGAACCCAGACCUGCCCUAUUUGCCUGAAUAAUGGAAAGGACUUGGCCUUUGGCUGUGGGCACAUGACUUGUAGAAACUGUGGAUCAAGAGUAUCUGACUGUCCGAUAUGCCGCCAGCCAAUCACCAGCAGAAUCAAGCUGUUUUCUUAACGACAGGAUGAAAGAAAAUUGUAUUUUGAACCUUACAUAUUUGGCUCCCUUGCCUUCUUGACUGUUAGUGUAUGUUCCAGUGCGAAGGCAGACACAGAUUUCUGUUUCUUAAAUUGAUGUAGAAUGCUUGUUAGAACUUCUGUUUACCGAUUAAUUUAGAAUUCAAGAUGUGAAAUAACUUUGCUCAGCAAUAAUGAUCAGCAUAUAUUAUGUCUGGAUAAA